AUGUGGACGACAGUUACCCUCAGCUCUCUGAUAUUUUCUCUACCUCUGGUGUAUUCCACUACAGAGUGGUGGGGUGAUUUGCGAGCUCAUCUCAAUCCAGCCAGAUCACCAGCUUUUUACGAUGUUACUUACGACGAAACAGAGUGCCCACAAGGUCUGCGAUCUGAUGCUAUUCCCGACUACGUCUACUUCGGCACGAUGAUGGCUACGAUGAGUGUCGAUGUCCAUGAGCAAUGUCUUCAGAAGUGUCUUGAAAAGACGCGAUGCAAAGCUGUCAACUAUUUCCAUCCUUUCGCCUAUCAGAAGAAAGGUUUCUGCGAACUUCUCUCUGAAACCCAACGCGACAAUCCACGAUUGAUGCGUCCAUUUCGAAUGGCCACGUAUUUCGAGAACAUAAAAUGUAAAGAAGUUGAUGACGUCGCCGACGAUCUUGCCGACAUCGUCAACAAACCAGCACAUCCUCGCGACAAGAAAUUGGAAAUGAAAGGACUUGUGAAAAAGCUCUCCAACAAGGUACACGAGUUCAACUCAGGUUUCCGAGCUGCUCGCUAG